CCUCAGAGUUCAGAGUUCACGUGUCAGCCAGUAUAACCUUCCACUACGCUACAGCACUGCGCGCAUAGGACUGUCGCGUUUUGUGGCUGCCGGUAACAUUACAAGUGUCUUUCUCGCUUGCUGAAGCCCUAGCCUGCAUUAGGAUGGACGCGAAGUCACACGUAUUACUGGCUGCUCUCAUGGGUAUUUUGGCAGUUUCAUUUGGAAUGGUUGCAGGUGUUGAUACUGAAUGCACUGCCGUCUUUAGUAUGCAAGGUGUCACAGGCAAUAUAAGUUUCAUGCAGUCUGCACAGAGUGGAACAGUCUCCAUUGUUGCUCAUUUGAAUGGAUUAAAAACAGGAAAAGAAUAUGGCUGGGAGGUUCGCCAAUUUCCCACUAACUUUGACAUUGCCAAUAGGUGCUCAGAUUUAGACAUCGGUAACAUGCUGCCAAAUGGUGGAAACCUCAGUGAUAGCCAUGGUUUCUUGACUCCAUCAAACCAAGCAUCUGCCAGCUACAGUGACAGUAGUCUACACCUCUUUGGAAAGGACAGCAUAACAGGUCGCACCCUUCGUCUGAGUGCCACUGACGGAACCCACACAGUCUGUGCUACAAUACAGCCCACUGGUAUUGUGAAGACAGUCAUGGUCAGACUGCCAGGACCAGUGGGAGGCACAAUUUACUUCCGUGAAGAUACAAGCAACACUAGAGCAGGCGUCGCCAUCUAUGCUGAUCUAUUUUUCACCGAUUCCACAUCAGCACCGAGCACAGCAUCAUACCUAAAGAUUCACUCCAAUGCAGUUGCUGCUGACUUGACAGAGAGUAAAUCCAUGAGUGAACGCUGUGCUGCUCUAGGUGAUGUGUACAAUCCUGGUGGGGUAACUGGGACCUGCAGUUCAUCAGACCACAGCUCUUGCAUGGCCGGUGAUUUGCAGGGGAAGUUUGGAACUGUUGGUAUUGGACUGACCAAGUCCAGUCAGAAGACAUUUGUCACUGACACCAAUCUUGCUCUCUCAGGUUCUAGUUCUGUCAUUGGAAAGUCCCUGGCUGUGUACUCUGCAAGUGAUGCAAUUAUUGCCUGUGCCAAUAUUGUUGAGGUUGUCCCAAAGAAUGUCUCUGCAACAUUUAGCAUGAGUGGAAUGAAAGGGUCUGUGCGGUUCAUGCAAAAUUCUCCAUUGGACCCAACAACAGUGACUGUCAACUUCCAGAACCUUCAGAAUCUGGCUGGUGGUUGGCACGUCCAUGCAUAUCCAUUAGUUCCUAAAAUGUUUGCUGAUGAUUUCCAGUGUAGUGGCAAGGAUGUAGGCGGACAUUGGAAUCCCUUUGGUAUAGAUCCAAGUACAAGCCCAAGUGCAGGAACUGGUACCAAUGAUGAAUACGAGGUUGGAGACCUUAGUGGGAAAUAUGGAUCACUGGCCAACAUGGCAUCUCUGAUGGCUGCUGUCUACAUUGACUAUAACCUGCCCCUCUUUGGCCCCAAUAGUAUUAUUGGGAGAUCAAUUGUCAUACAUGAAAAUAUGCCAGGUUCACCAAGGUGGGUGUGUGCCAAUAUUGACUAUCCUGCAGAAACUAUAACAGCCAAAGUAACAUUCAAGUACCCAGUUAUUGGAGAAAUAAUUAUGCGCCAAGAAAAGAAUAAGCCACUCACAGAUACAAGCAUUUUUGCCAAGCUUGGUUAUGCAAAUGGGAUGACUGGAAGCUCUGGGCACAAUUUUCAUGUGCAUCAAACAAAAGUGAGUGAAGAUUUUAUGGCUGACACAGGACGUUGCAUGUCUGCUAAGGCACAUUUUAAUCCAUAUGACAGUUACAUGCAGGGCAAUUAUGCCACUGAGUGUUCAGAGAACAAUCCACUGCGAUGCGAACUUGGUGAUCUGUCUGGAAAACACACCACACUGAGCAUUGGGGAUUCCUCGGGAGGUUUUACUCAUGCGUUCUUUACUGACAUUCUCCUCCCUCUAUCAGGUCCACAUUCUGUGAUUGGUCUGUCAGUGGUGAUACAUGUUGGCGCAGGAAGAUUAGCGUGUGGUGAUAUAUAUGAAGUCAAGCCCAUGGUGGCUGAGGUCACAUCAUGGAGUGCAGGAGGGCCAACUGGAACAUUCACUUUCACUCAGAACUCCAUGUUUGAUAUGACUGAGGUUUCUAUCAACAUGGCCAACCUUGGAGCCAAUGCAGGAGGGUACCAUGUACACGUGCUUCCAGUGCCAGAUGGCAUGAACAGCCCAUGUUCUAGUAAAGGGGUACAGGGGCAUUUCAACCCCUAUAACAUUACUGUGGCUAACAGUCCUGCUGCAGGAACAGGAACAAAUGAUGAGUAUGAGGUUGGUGACAUGAGUGGAAAGUAUGGUAUGAUGAAUACCAUGAAUUCCAUGGCAAUGGUGAAGGAAGACAAUAACUUGCCACUUUUUGGACCACAAAGUAUCGUUGGACGGUCAAUUGUUAUUCAUAAAAGUGACAGCUCGGGCUCUCGCUGGGUAUGUGGAAAUAUAACUGCUAAGACAGGGACCAAAGUGGUAGCCAUUGCUACCUUUGAUGCUGGGGUACUUCACGGGUAUAUAAAGAUGCAUCAGAUGACAUAUACAGAUGGCAGUUUCAGUGACACAACAAUUGAAAUGGACCUGAAAUAUGCAAAUGGCACACAGACUACAAAUGAUCAUAAUUGGCACGUACAUGAGUCCAAAGUUGGAAGUGACGGUACAGUUGCCUUAGACAAAAGAUGUAAAAGUGUAGGUCCACAUUACAACCCUUACAGAGUCAACACAACUGGAAGUUACAGUAGUGACUGCAGUUUUUCCAACCCACUGCGCUGUGAGAUGGGAGACAUAUCCGGAAAGCAGGGACAGUAUGAUAUAGGCAGUGGAAGGGUGCUGUUCAAUGAUAUUGACCUUCCUCUACAUGGAAAAUUUUCAGUAAUUGGCAGAUCUAUAACCGUCCAUACAGAGAAUGGAGGUGGUGGCAGGUUAGCAUGUGCUGACAUUGUAGAAGUGAAAGCACCUACACCAAGUCCAAACACUGAUAACACAGUUUCAGGAGCAGUGACUUAUAAAUGGAACUUGGCAGUGAUGUUGUUGUGUUUGGUUGUGAUGUGCUGGAACAUCUAAUGCAAUGCAGACAUGACUAGGAGCACAACACAAUGGGACUGUAUUUUAAUCUGAGAAUUUCAAGGUUUUGAAAUUGAUGGAUGUUGUUUCACUGAUAUAUGAUCUUUUGUAAAAACAUACUACAUAGAUAUAUCAGAGAUUUCCAAAGAACAUAAAAUACCAUAUUAACAUCAUAGACCAGAGACUUUUUUUAACAUAUUCAUGUUUAAGAACAUAGAAUAAUAUUUUACUAUUGGUGCUGUUUUUAGGUAUUUCCCACCUAUGUAGUGCAUUGUUUGAGGCAAAUGUCCUCAGAGAGAUUUAAAGCCCAUUUUUAGGCUGUUGUAUUGUUAAUACAUUAGAAAUAUGGUUUAUUCAUUUUAAAUUGGGUUUUACGCUGUUAUUAUUGUCUACGCACAAUGUAUUCUUGUAACCAGGCAUGAUUUCCAUUGAAUGACUUUUCUGUGGUUUGAGUUCAAGAGCUGGGUAAUCAUUGCCAAGUGAUUAAACUCUAAGCUGCCUUAACCACACUUCACCCCAUUACAACCACAAUAAAGACGUUGGCUCCGUUUUGUGAACAAAUUUGUCAUACCCUGGGGAAAAUAAGUUCCAAAUCCUUAUUUGGACAUUAUGGCAUUGUUUUGCUCAAUAAGAAUGUUGAAAUGUGCAGGUUUCAUUUUUUUAAAUAUACAUAUUACUGUAUUUAUAUUUUUGCUCAGUACUUUUACCACACAACGUCUUGAGUUGAACAAAAAAUGAAUUAGCACAAUCCUGAUUUAUCUUUAAGUUUGAUUAAAGCUGAAAAAAAAAUGCUGGGGGAUAAUUGUGUUUGGAAAGGGAGGCCCAGUAAAGCACUUUUUAGGAUUGUUCUUAUGUGAAGUAUAUAUUGGGACUAGACAGCUUGAUUGAUAAAUUUAAGACUUGAUCAUCUAUGGCAUUGUUGUACUUGUAUAGUUUCUUUUCAUGCAGUCACACGCAACACUUGGCAGUGUUGCCAAUAUGUGUUUAAUAGGGUAGGAGUCGCUGUCUAGUCCCAGACAAAGCUGUAAGUGAUACCGAUUCUGAAUUCACCUGUGGAAAUGUGCGUAUGUCUCCAUAGAUAUUUGUGCAGCAAUAAACUGUUCAGCCAUGUAGUACUCAGGAAUGGUUGUCUGUCUGAUAUAUCCUGUUGUGCUCAGUUUUUGAGAAUCCUUGUUAUUAUUUUAGAAUGAAAGGUUUUAAUGCUCCUAAGAUUUACCUAAUUGCCACGUAGGUUGUGAAAGUGGAAUAUGCCAACAUUUUGCCAUUGAAAAGGCUUGAGUAAAUCUUACACAUUUCAAUUCCAUAUUUUUAUUGGUGGAAGUGUAAUGUAUAGAUGUUUAAUAUAUAGCUGGAAAUUAUAAGUUGUGUAUGUAUAUAUUGUCAAUUAUUCUUUUGUAUAUAUUAUAAACAGGAUUUUAUGUAAAACACUGGAACUAAUACCAGUAACUAUGCAAUUAGCUGGACAACUUCUCUGAAUUGUUUUGAUAUACAGAGCAUGGUUUACUUUGCAUUUCUGAUGUUUAUGUAAAAGAAAUACAAUUGGUGUAUAAAUCACAAAAUGUUCAAAUCAUUGUCUUGACUUUUUUUUAAUGUGUCAUUCCGAACUGAUACGCAAGAAAACUUAUAAGGUUUGUUUUAUUAUAUUUAGGAGAUAUUAUGUGAAAGUAUCGAAUGCACUGAAACACUUGUUAGCUUGUUUUGUGCAUAUUUCCUGACAUUUAUUUCGCCUUCUCAAUAUUUUCUUGACAUUUCGCUGCAGUUUAUCCGAUGGGUGCGAUGACCUUUCAUCAUGGCUGUUUUGAUAAAAGUGUAUCUGUCUUAACGAGCCAUAAUG